AUGCUACUCGGUGCGACAGUCAGUUGGGGCAGCAAGAAGCAGCCAAGUGUUUCGUUGUCCACGAGUGAAGCCGAAUACAUCGCACUCAGCUUGGCAAUUCAAGAGGGCAAGUGGAUUCAUCGUCUGCUUUGUGAGAUCAUGAUGGCUGCCAAUGAAGAAGGAACGGAACUCAUGAUCCAUGCAGACAAUCAGUCGUGUAUCAAGAUGACGAAGAACCCGGUCAACCACGGCCGUGCCAAGCACAUUGACGUAAAGUAUCAUCACAUCCGUGAUGAGGUCAAGCGCGGUGAAGUGAAGCUCAAGUACUGUGAAAAUGCGGUGAUGUUAGCGGACAUCAUGACGAAGGGACUUCACGGGCCACGCCACAAGGAGAUGACGGCGGCUUUCGGGAUUUGUGCGUGUUCGCGUUGA